CAGUCACAAACAACUACCCCCACCCCACCCCUCCCCUCCUUCCCUUACCGCUAUGAGCUCAGAGCGUCGACGGGGACAAAGUGUGUGGGACAGAGAAAGCAGCUGAGAGAAGCCAUGGGCUCCGGAGGAGCGGGUCUCCUGGAGACUCGGUGGCCUCUGCCUCUGCUGCUUCUACUCAUCAUGGGAGGCAAGGCUCUGGAUUCUCCCCCGCAGAUCCUAGUUCACCCCGAGGACCAGCUACUUCAGGGCUCCGGCCCAGCCAGGAUGAGCUGCAAAGCGUCAGGCCAACCACCUCCCACUAUCCGCUGGCUGCUGAACGGGCAGCCCCUCAGCAUGGCGACCCCAGACCUACAUUACCUUCUGCCUGAUGGGACCCUCCUGCUACGUCGGCCCCCUGUCCAGGGACGGCCCCAAGAUGACCAAAACAUCCUCUCAGCAGUCCUGGGCGUCUACACAUGUGAGGCCAGCAACCGGCUGGGCACAGCAGUGAGCCGGGGUGCUAGGCUGUCUGUGGCUGUCCUCCAGGAGGACUUCCGGAUCCAGCCUCGGGACACAGUGGUCGUGGUGGGUGAGAAGUUGGUUCUUGAGUGUGGGCCACCCUGGGGCUACCCAAAGCCUUCAGUCUCAUGGUGGAAAGAUGGGAAACCGCUGGUCCUCCAGCCAAGGAGGCACACAGUGUCCGGGGAUUCCCUGAUGGUGGCAAGAGCAGAGAAGAAUGACACAGGGACCUAUAUGUGUAUGGCCACCAACAACGCGGGGCAACGGGAGAGCCGAGCAGCCAGGGUGUCCGUCCGGGAGUCACGGGACCACAAGGAAUAUCUGGAACUUCUGGCUGUUCGUAUUCAGCUGGAAAACGUGACCCUGCUGAACCCAGAACCCGUGAAAGGCCCCAAGCCUGGACCGGCUGUGUGGCUCAGCUGGAAGGUGAGCGGCCCUGCGGCACCUGCUGAGUCAUACACGGCCUUGUUCAGGGCCCAGAGGGACCCCGGGGGCCAGGGGUCUCCAUGGACAGAGGUGCUGCUGGGUGGCUUGCAGAGCGCAAAGCUUGGGGGCCUCCGCUGGGGCCAAGACUACGAAUUCAAAGUGAGACCGUCCUCCGGCCGGGCUCGAGGCCCGGACAGCAAUGUGCUGCUCCUGAGGCUGCCGGAACAAGUGCCCAGCGCCCCACCUCAAGAAGUGACCCUAAAACCUGGCAACAGCAGUGUCCUUGUGAGCUGGGCUCCACCACCCACUGAAAACCAUAAUGGUGUCAUCCGAGGCUACCAGGUAUGGAACCUGGGCAAUAAUACCUCAUUCCCCGCGGCCAACUGGACUGUCGUGGGUGAACAGACCCAGCUGGAGAUCUCCACACGAGUCCCAGGCUCCUACUGUGUGCAAGUGGCUGCCGUCACUGGUGCUGGGGCAGGAGAGCCCAGUAGCCCUGUCUGCCUCCUUUUAGAGCAGGCCAUGGAGCAGUCGGCCCAAGACCCCAGUAAACAUGCUUCCUGGACCCUGGGUCAGCUGAGGGCCACCUUGAGACGGCCAGAAGUCAUUGCCAGUGGUGCUGUCCUGCUCUGGCUGCUGCUACUGGGCAUUGCUGUGUGUAUCUACAGACGACGCAAAGCUGGGGUGCACCUGGGCCCAGGUCUGUACAGAUACACCAGUGAGGAUGCCAUUUUAAAACACAGGAUGGACCACAGUGACUCCCCAUGGCUGGCAGACACCUGGCGUUCCACCUCUGGCUCUCGAGACCUGAGCAGCAGCAGCAGCCUCAGUAGUCGGCUGGGAGUGGACCCUCGGGACCCACUAGACGGCAGGCGCUCCUUGAUCUCCUGGGACCCCCGGAGCCCUGGUGUGCCCCUGCUUCCAGACACCAGCACUUUUUAUGGCUCCCUCAUCGCAGAGCAGGCCUCCAGCCCUCCAGUCCGGCCAAGCCCCCGGACACCAGCUGCUAGGCGUCUUCCAUCCAAGUUGGCCGGAACCUCCAGCCCCUGGGCCAGCUCAGACAGUCUCUGCAGCCGCAGGGGACUCUAUUCCCCACGCAUGUCUCUGGCCCCUGCAGAGGUCUGGAAAGCCAAAAAGAAGCAAGAGCUGCACCAAGCCAACAGCUCCCCACUGCUCCGCAGCAGCCACCCCAUGGAAAUCUGGGCCUGGGAGUUGGGAAGCAGAGCCUCCAAGAACCUUUCCCAGAGCCCAGGCCCCAAGUCUUGUUCCCCAGGAGAAGCCCCCGGAGGUGUGGUAGCCUGGCAUGUCCUGGGACCACAGCUUCAACGCAACUCGAAUGAGCUAGCCACUCGUCCACUCCCUCCAACACCCCUGUCUCUUUGUGGAACCCCCAGUCGUGAUCCACAGACCCAGUGUGUGGAGAAGCCCCAAGCUCCCUCCUCGGACCCACGAACAGCAUCCCCUCUCUCCAUCCUAAGGCCUUCCAGGCCUGCCAGCCCCCAGGCCUCUUUCCUCUCCUGUCCUAGCCCAGCUUCCAGCAACCUGUCCAGCUCCUCACUGUCAUCCUUAGAGGAGGAUCAGGACAGUGUUCUCACCCCCGAGGAGGUGGCCCUGUGCCUGGAGCUCAGUGAAGGGGAGGAGACACCCAGGAACAGUGUAUCUCCUAUGCCAAGAGCUCCUUCACCUCCAACCACCUAUGGCUAUAUCAGUAUCCCAACAUCCUCAGGACUGGCAGACAUGGGCAGAGCUGGUGGGGGCGUGGGGUCCGAGGUUGGGAACUUACUGUGCCCACCUCAGCCCUGCCCCACCCCUACCCCCAGCGAGGGCUCCCUGGCCAACGGUUGGGGCUCAGCUUCUGAGGACAACGCCCCCAGCGCCAGGGCCAGCCUGGUCAGCUCCUCCGAUGGCUCCUUCCUCGCGGAUGCUCACUUUGCCCGUGCCCUGGCAGUGGCCGUGGAUAGCUUUGGUUUUGGUCUGGAGCCCAGGGAAGCUGACUGCGUCUUCACUGACGCUUCCUCCCCUCCCUCCCCUCGGGACGAUCUCUCCCUGACCCGAAGUUUCUCUCUGCCUCUGUGGGAGUGGAGGCCAGACUGGCUGGAGGAUGCUGAGGUCAGCCACACCCAGAGGCUGGGGAGGGGGCUGCCUCCCUGGCCUCCUGACUUUAGGGUCUCUUCCCAUCGAAGUCAGCUCAGUGGUGCUGUGCCCAAGGCUGGUGGUGAUUCCUCCUGAAUUGUCCCUGAGAUGGCCAGAAGAGCAUCUACACCACUCUCUUGUCUGUCCCCAGGCCUUCCCACAGAUGUAGGUCUGGGCUUACGCUUCUCUGUAGCAGAGGUCCAUUAUCACUGGGCUUCUGGAGAGUUCUGUUGCUGGGAUUGUUAAAACAAAAGGAAGUAAACCAAACUAGGUUUAUUCCCUAUGAUCUAGGGAAACUUGGAUUCCCACUGAAAGCAAGACAGCAUCUUCAUGACAUCAAACUCUCUCCUCACAACCAGGGCUUUUGGCCUAAGUAAGCCUAGCUCCUCAUCUCCUACCCAUGUGGAUUAUGGGAAGAAGGGAAGCUAACAGUGUCUUCAUGGAGGACAGAAGUGGCUGUUGAAAAGGGCUGUGGUGGUGAUACUUAGAGUAGCCCUCUGGUCUCUAGCUGGACUCCUCCUCCCUUAGAAACCAGUUCAGCCCUCUCCCCAGCCACACCAUGCAAGGAAAAUGAAGGAGGAAGGUCAUGGAUGCGGUAGGUCCUAUCUGGUGUCACGGUCAACACUUCAAAGUUGAGUUAAUGGAGGAGGCCGAAGAAAAGAAGCAGGAGAACUAGGAACCAAAGCACUCUCCUCAUGCCAUGGUCACUGUGAGCUUCAGGAACUUGAUCCUAUAAAACUGUAAAGACUUGA